AUGGAUGGUACCUGCGGUGCCUGUAAAGCAGGAUAUUAUGGAAAGAGUUGUGACAAGAUGUGUAGCAGCAACUGUAGAUCUACCAUAGGUUCACCUGUAUGUAAUUACACCCAUGGUUCAUGUACUGAUGGCUGUGUACAUGGUAAAAAAGGAAACCACUGUUCUGAAGAUUGUCCUGAAGGGUGGUAUGGUUUAAACUGUUCCAACAAGUGUGGUUAUUGUAAAGGGGGGAAAGGGUGUAAUGUAUCAUCAGGAGAAUGCGGCUUACAGGGCUGUCAGGAACAAUAUACAGGGCCUAAUUGUCGAGAGGAAACCACGAUCCUUCUGAGUAGGGAAGAUGUCAGAAUUAAUAACGGUCAGGCUUCACAACCAACCACAACCAGAAUUCUUUUGGAGGAUUUAUGGAAAUAUACCCAUGAUAAGAAAACAGGAGGAUUAUUCAUGAAAGAAUAUCGGAAACUACCCAGUGGUAUGUGUGAGUCACAUGUAGUCGCUCUGUUGCCACAAAAUAAAUUAAAGAAUAGAUAUAAAGAUGUAUGCGCCUUUGACCAUACCAGAGUUAUUCUGGAUAUAGAAAAUAGCAACUCUGAUUCGGAUUACAUAAACGCCUGCUAUAUUUCGGGCUACAAAACGGUAAAACCGGCUUACAUUGCUUCACAGGGUCCUACACCAGCUAAUAUUAAUGAGUUCUGGAGAAUGAUCUGGGUGGUGGAAGCUGAUAAAGUUGUUAUGUUGACUAACCUGGUUGAACUUGGAACUAGUAAAUGUUUACAAUAUUGGCCGCUUGUUGACCAGAAAGUUGAACACGGGGGUAUAUCAAUUAUAACCAUACAGGAAGAUAUAUUUUCUCAUUUUACUAUUAGAACACUUCAAAUAUCGAGGAAUGGCGGUGAUGAGACCCGGACAAUCAAACAGUAUCACUAUAAAGCUUGGUCUGAUAGAACAGUACCACCCGAUGUUGUGUCGUUAAUAGAAUUCAGAGACAAGGUGGUGAAAUCACCAACUAAACAUCCUGGACCAAUUGUCGUUCACUGUAGUGCUGGUAUUGGUCGAACUGGGACCUUUAUAGCUUUAGAUUAUUUGAUGGAAGAAGGAAAAGUUGAAGAUUCUGUUGAUGUAUUUAACUGUGUAUCAAGAAUGCGACAUGAACGGGUCAACAUGGUUCAAACAAUGGAUCAAUACUGUUUACUUCAUGAAGCAUUGGCUGAAUGGUACUUGAUGAAUGAGACUGUUAUUCCAGUUACAUCCUAUCAACCAGUCGUUCAAACGCUCCUUAAAUCCAACAGACAAACAGGGUUACCACAGCUUCAAAGCUUGUUUCAGAAGAUAAAAUAUGCUUGUCCAAAACAAGAUAAAAGUGACUUUUUUGCAGCACUUUCCGAAGAAAACAAAAAUAAAAACCGGGAUUCGACAAUAUUGGCCUCUGAUAAAUAUCGAGCAUAUCUGAUAACAGAAGUUGAUGGUUCUAAUGAUUAUAUUAAUGCUGUUCAUCUUCCUAGUUACACACGAAAGGGUGGUUUUAUAUUAACACAGACACCAUUACGUAACACAGUGACGGAUUACUGGAUGCUUGUGGCUGAUGCCGGUGUUCAAGUUAUUGUUGAUUUUGAUCCAGUAGUUACCGGCAUAAAGGAUUCUAAUCCGUACUUCCCAAGUAUUUCAACAACACAACGGUUUGGCCCUCUCCUUGUAACGUGUACUGAAGAAGAUGUUCAUAUAGAGACUGGUCAUUAUACAAUAAAUAAAUAUAAUAUUAAACAAGCCACUAAUGAUGAAUUUAACCUGGAUGUAAAGUUAUACAAGUGUAAUUUCUGGAAAGACGACACAACUGUUCCCGUAUCCCCCGCGCCAAUAUUCAUGGUUUUGAAAGAUAUUCGCAACUCUUACAUGGACUUAUAUGAUGAUCCAAUCCUUGUACAGUGCAUAAAUGGCGUCGAUAAAAGUGGCUUAUUUUGUGUUUUGGCGGGAACUAUUGAAAGGCUUUUUACAGAAGAGAAUGUGAAUAUAGUUCAUGUUAUUCAACAGUUGAGACGAUCACGACCACAAGUUAUUACAUGUUAUGAACAGUUCCGGUUUUGCUAUGAAGCCAUCGCAGAAUAUUUGUAUGAUAGGUCAGGUUACGUGAAGUCUUGCUGAAAGGGGGAUAACCACAGUGUUUGUUUGCAAUGUUUUACCAAUAGUUUAUAUUGCUAUUCUUCUGGUUUUGCAACAAUGAAGACAUUUAUUUUGUAGAAACUGUUAUAAUUAAGUCAUCGCCCUUUUUAGAUUUUGUUUUGGUUGUUCUGCUUUUAUUCAUUUCUUACAUAUAAUGGGAGGUUUACUUUUGCUUUUUUGUUUUUAAUAUGAACACAUUUUUAAAAUUUUAAAAUUUGCGAUGGUUUUAGUAUAAUAUUAUAGCUAAAGCAAUGAUUUUUAUUAAUUACUCAAAGCAGUGAUUUUUUUUGUUUUACUCAGAGCAAUGGUUUUCAUUAAAUAAGAUAACGGAAUGAAUUUUUGUUAAAUUACUAAACCAAUGAUGAUUUGAUUAUUUGACCAAUAUAUUUUUGUGAUUGUUUUAUUUAGUUUGAAAUACACAUAGCUGCAUUGUAUUUUGAAUGGGUUCGUCGUUGCUAUAGGAAGUGACCAAUAGGUGUUGAUUUUUUUAGCCAUGUGUUAUUCACGUGCACCGCUGCACCGUGUAAUUUCAGUCAAAUACACCAUGACAGGUGAACUUCUCCAAGCUAUAUUACUCAAUAUACAGGGAAUCUUUUCAAACAUCUUUCAGGCGUUCCGGUAGAUCAAACAAUGUGGUGGGGAAGUGAUAUGUUUACAGUCAUCCUCGUUCUCCCCAGUGGCCUCAUUCCGUUCUACACCACUAACCUCUGGGUUAAUCUAUGGAGGGGACACGUUUUCAAGUCAUCCGCUAUUUUUAUCGACCAAUCCCAUAAAUCGUUAAUUGAAAAGGAAGUUGGCAAAGGGAAGUAAUUCUCAUCGGGUAAAGUAAGCCAAAGCUCCCCUUCAAAAGACAAGGUUAGGAAUUAGCCAGAAGGUAGUCCAAGUUAUACUAAAUGCAUAUUAUUAACAACAAAUUACAGUUAUUUUAUAAUAUAAUAUAUUCUUCAAAAAAAAAAACGCAUAGUGACAUUUCGUCGUCGGCAUACCCUCGCUCUACCAUCGCCUCGUUGCAACAGGAACCGCGACUCGUCGCUGAACCAAACUGUUCUCCAGCGUUGCUGUGGCCAUACACUGUGUGUCUGAACCCAUUGAAGUCGGAUUUGACGGUGUCGGCGUAUUUCAAAACGGCGUAUUUCGUAAUCCGGUUUCGCGUUGGCGUCUAUGGACUGUCUAGUCUGAGAUUCUAUGCCGUCCAGGAAUUGCUGUUGCAGUAGAGGUCGCUGUUGUGAACCGUUUCCCCAAAUGAAGUGUGUUUCUUUUCUCUUUUUUUUUUUGAAGAGUAUAUUAAUGAAUACCGGACAGGUGUUUAUAUAUGUAGGUUCAGGAGUGUUAUUGUGAAUGUGUUAGUUGUAUUUUACGUCCGCUUCCACCGAGGUGAUAUCGCAGACAAGUUUAUUGAGAAUCAAAUUGCCAGGUAUAAUACGUUCAAUAAUAAUAAACAUAACAGAAUGAAAUAUUUCAGACAUAUAGAUGUUAUACAUAUUGAAAUCAGCGAAACAUACUACAGAUUUUGAUCAUACAAUUAAAUAUAAAUAAAUUAGAAAUAUAUACAUUAUUUACAUAAAUCAUUGAGUAAAUGGACAUGAAUAUGGUUAUCUACCCUUAUAAAAACGAAGGCGAAACGAUUUGUUUGUAAACUGUUUUCUGAUUAGUUCGUAGACUGUAGCUAAAAUCUAGGCCAGGCAGAUAAUCUGAAAUCGUGGAAAUCCUAUGGAUUAAUCCAGGGUAUAUUGGAGUAGAACGGAAUGAGUACCCUGGGGAUACUGAGUAUGGUUUACAGUAGGUUUUUUUAUUGGUUGGAGGAACAGCAAAUGUGAAGAAUGCCAUAUAAAGUAUUGUAGUAGAUAUUUAAUACAUUCCGCUUAUUAUUUGGUUUCUUUUUUAUUAUUAUAAUGUACUUGUAUUAUUGUUGAAUUGGUCUCUGCUUAAUUUGAGAAAAAAAUACGUGUC